GCGCAUGCGCACUCGUGUCCGGUGCGUUGCUACGCUGUAGCGGACGCGUCCCCGCUCGGCCCGGCCGCCGACGCGGGGACAUCCCCCCCGGACCCGCUGCGGCGUCCCGCCGGAGAGUGGGAGCGGUGGAGGUUCGCUCCACGCCCGGAGAGCUGGCAUCCUUUAGGGUAGCCCCGGUGACGCUAUGGAGAAGGGUGUGCGCAAUGUCAUCGCGUUCAACGCGUCCAAAGGGGAGAGCUUCGCUCUCGGCAGCAGCUACAAGUCCCUGCGGAAAAGGCUUCGCGGCAACUGGAAGAUCCAGAGCUUAAAAGAUGAAAUCACAUCUGAGAAACUGUUUGGGGUAAAAUUGUGGAUUACAGCAGGGCCAAGAGAAAAGUUCAGUGCUGCUGAGUUUAUGGUUCUGAAGAAAUUCCUGGAGGAUGGUGGAGCCAUCCUGGUGAUGCUGACAGAAGGUGGAGAGUCCAGAUGUGGCACCAAUAUUAACUUUUUCUUAGAAGAAUAUGGGAUCGUUUUCAAUAACGAUGCUGUAGUACGAACCGUGUAUUUCAAGUACCACCACCCAAAAGAAGCACUGAUCUCUGAUGGAGUCUUGAACAGGGGAAUCAGUGAAGCUGCAAGAAAAACAGUCCUUGAGACAUCAGAUGAAGAUGGAAGUGGAGGUGACUCACAAGCGCUCACUUUCGUGUAUCCAUUUGGUGCCACGCUGAAUGUGAUGAAACCAGCGGUGGCUGUUCUGUCAACAGGAUCCAUCUGCUUCCCGCUCAACAGGCCUGUUCUUGCGUUCUACCAGCACGAGAGUCAAGGUGGAAAGUUAGCAGCACUGGGAUCUUCGCACAUGUUCAGUGAUCAAUAUUUAGAUAAAGAAGAAAAUGGUAAGAUCAUGGAUGUGCUUUUCCAGUGGCUCACAACAUCAGAUAUCCAUUUGAACCAGAUGGAUAUGGAGGACCCUGAGAUUUCAGACUAUACCAUGCUCCCAGAUACAGCCGCACUGAGCGAGAAGCUGCGAGUCUGUCUGCAAGAAGGAGACGAGAACCCAAGAGACUUCACAAAGCUGUUUGAUACGUCCCUUUAUCAGCUGGAUACAACUGCCCUCCCUUCAGUUAUCAAAGCUUAUGAACAGCUGAACGUGAAACAUGAACCUCUCCAACUCAUUCAGCCCCAGUUUGAGACUCCACUCCCUGCCCUCCAGCCAGCUGUUUUUCCACCUGCUUUCAGAGAAUUGCCGCCUCCUCCUCUGGAGCUCUUUGACUUGGAUGAAACUUUCGCAUCUGAGAAAGCUCGUCUUGCAGAGAUUACAAACAAAUGUACUGAUGAUGACCUGGAGUUCUACAUACGAAAAUGCGGCGAUAUCUUAGGAGUAACAAGUAAACUCCCAAAGGAGAAGCAAGAGGCCAAACAUAUCCUGGAGUACAUCUUCUUCCGAGUGGUUGAGUUUAAGAAACUGAAUCAGGAACAUGAUACUGACACAAGUGAAGCUGGAUUCCAGAAUGCCAACUGAGACCUGGCUUUCCCCAGUUUGAGACCUUCUAGUAAAAACAUAUUUUUCCAUUUUUUUAAGCCUCCAUGUUCAGCGUAUUAAUUGGUUCAGUACAUUAAUUGGGGCCAUCUCCGUAGUUCACUGAAUGUUCAGAUCGUUUAUGUGUUAUCGUGUACGUUACGUGUUUUAUCAUUUAUUAAUGCCUUUUGAGGCAGAGCUUGCAUUUUGCAAGCACUUUCCAAAUGAUUUCCUAUUUUUCUACUUCUUUAUGAAAAAAACUUUGUACUAAGAAAAUGUGGUUUGGGUCUUCCUUUCUGGCUCCAGGAUUUAUUUGCCUGCAAGGCUCACUGGGGUUCUCCUGAUGUCCGUGUUGUCCUUAAUUGCACUGUGGGAAAGAUUGUGAUUUUUGGUUUGUGAACUGUGCAAAAGAAUAUACAGCCAUAAAUACAAGAGCUGCUGAAAAUACGCUGGACUGUCAUCCCCAGGCAGUUUCCCUUUGUCUCUCAGCCAAAGUGAACUAAGGAGAGGUGGGUUUGUUACUGUAGAAGGCAAACAUUUCUUCCAAGGGAGGGGGAGAAUGGAAAAUAAGCAAUAAUGACAUUGUUGCAGGUCAUUGCCUCAUAGGAGAAUGAAAAUAACAUCAUUUUGAAAAGAAGGGACAGCAUUUGGAUGAAAAAGGCUUCUAAGGUUAAACAGGUUGUUCUUAAGAAAACGUGAUACUGUGUAGAAACUCAGGAAUAUUUUUACUGACAGUUAUUUGAUAUCCAGUCUAUCCCCAGAGAGAGUCAGCUAGGUAAUGCACAAGAAUGGAAAUGCAAGUGAAAUUCAUUGACCGUGAGAUGUUGAAGCUCAAUGCACAGCAAAAAUAGAGCCAAAGAUACUAGUGGUGAGAAGAAAAGAUUUGUCAAUGCUAUUAACACUGUGUGGCUUUGUUGCAAGGACUUUUUUUAUAUCAACACUGUGAGAUUGCACUUUAAAUACCACACUUUUUGAAUGUCAAUCUGACACUCAAACUGUGGAACUUAUAUUCUUCCCCCACCCAAGUCUCUAUGUAGCCUUUGCGACUCUGGUGCUUUAUCUCGCUUUGGAAUGUCUUCUAAUUCAAAAGCUGCUUUUUCCAAAAGAUCUUCUCAUCUUUUAUCUACAACAAGGCAUUUUACAUUCCUCAUGCUUCGGAUGCCAGCUUGGCGCAGGGUUUUCUAAAGGAGGUGCCCCAAGGUACCUUGGAAGGUUGCUGACCAGUCAAGAUGUGCUAAUAGAAUGUUAGCAGAAGUUUGUAUAUGCUUAUUCUGCAGACACGCUUUUUUUAUAGCAGCAUGUUUGAAAUUUUCCAUUUCUUCUUCUAUAUAUUUUUAUUUAAUGGCGUAGUUGUGGUUGUCACAGAGCACUGUGUACAUUCCAGCUCCAUGUUUACACAAUAAGCUGAAUCUUUGCAGUAUCAGUCAACUGGCACAGGCAGCAGUGGAACCAAACAAUGUGUGAUCCUCUUGCUAAUCAUAGACCCGGUUUGUACUGUUUUGUGGUGUUUAUACUUCAAACUGUAAAUACAUUCUCUUUCUGGGCC